AUGGGAGGCGCGACGGAGCUGACACUUCCUCGCCCGGCCAACCCCGACAGCAGCUAUCUAACUGCCCCCGAGUUGUCAGCUUUCAUCAGCAAGGUUGCCACGAAGCACAAUUACCUGAUCCAAUACAACACCUCGGUCGAAGACGUCAGGAACCUACCCGAAGGCGGAGUGAGACUGCUGCUGCGCCGAGAGAACGCCGGAGGCACUGACACCUGGUACGAGGAAGAGUUCGAUCAUCUCAUCGUCGCUACAGGCCACAAUAACAACGUGCCUCGCGUCCCCGACAUCUCCGGGCUCGACGCGUGGAAGGGCGGUCUGCAACACUCUGUGACAUGGCGGUCGGGAGAGGAGCUCAAGAACAAGCGCACCCUGGUUGUGGGCACUAGCGAGAGUGCCAUUGACAUUGUCCUUCAGUCCUUGCCUCACGUUAAGGGCGACAUCCAUGUCUCGCAGAAGUCGCUGCAUCCCCGCUAUCCCAACAUUUUCCAGCGCCCGGGCGUCAAGGUGGUGACAACGAUUGAUCACUUCACCGAGGACGAGAUCCAUCUCGUUGACGGGACAGUGCUGCGCGACAUUGACCACGUCGUGUUCGCGACGGGGUACAUCUUCUCGCACCCCUUCCUCUCCAAUGUCCGCCCGCCCGUGGGCCCGGAAGGUCACCGCGUGCCUGGUCUGUAUCAGCACAUCUUUGACAUCCACAACCCGAACACGAUUGCCUUCGUCGGCAUGGUCAACGUGUCGCUGACAUGGCUGACAUGGGAGAAGUCGGCGUUCCUGAUCGCGCUCGUGUGGUCGGGUAAAGUUCACCUGCCGAGCAAGGAGAUUCAGGAGAGAUGGGAACAAGACCGACUUGAGGAGAAGGGCGAGCGCUUGUUCCACAUUCUGGAUCUUCCUUAUGAGCGAGUCUUGUUCUUUGACGAGAUCAACGAACUCGCGGCAGAAUACCUGUCGCAGGAAGGGGCUGACGAUACGCUUCUGCGCGGAUUUCCGUUUCAAUUCACACUAGAUCUCAUCGCUUCGCGGCCAGAGAAGCUCAAGUAUUACGGAAUCACGGAGGAUGUCGGUGGCAGGGGCGUUCCUGGUUCGGCGGCCUUGUUCUCUGACAGUGGUGAUAUCGAGGGCCACGCUGCGCAAACAGACACACCUGCCUCGGUGGACUCUGGCGUGGAUAUCGUCUCUGACGAGACCAAGACGUCGGCAUUGGGGGGUGAAUUCGUCGAGCCAGUGCAUGAUCAAGUCCACCAGGCACCGGCCGUGAUCUCGGCGGCGUAA